CGUAUGACAAAUAAACAGUCUAUAACUGCCAAUCGUUCCCAUUUAUGUCGUGUGCAUAGAAAAUUGAUUUGCUUCUCAUAUGUAAAUAACUGCUCAAGUAAUCGCAAAUUGCAUUUAAAAAAAAAGUAAUGCCUGGAAACAAUAACGCAAUCGCUACACUGUCUAAUUAGGUGCUUCAUGCGAAGCGGACAAUUUAUUUCAUUUGGCUAGUAUAUUAACGGUACCUCUGAGCAAGAUGAAUCCGAGAGAAUCUGCUGCUUUCAUUGCUUCUGUGUCAAAGGACGUUGAAAUCAAUCCAGAUGGCAUUAGAAAAAUUGCAUCAGAGAUUUCACGAGCAAUCGCUUCACGUGAGUUCGAACCAAGCAAUAUGAUGAUCCAUUCCUAUCCACUGCCUGUUACUGAAGAUGUUUCAAGUAUUGAAUGGUUAUUUGUAGCUGAUGCUCUAAAUUUUUCAUUUUGGGCUUUAGAAGAAAAUGUACACUAUUCUGUUGAGCUCCACGAAAAACAGUAUACUGGUUAUAUGGCUUUAUGCGCUGCGAUUACUAAAGCACUGGAGGCUGACAUUCCAAUAACAUCGUCACAAUAUUAUGCCACUAUAACAAAAGAAGAAGUGGAUAAAAUAUUUAUUUCUAGCACCGGCGAGUCUAUUCCACUUUUAGAAGAGAGAUGGAGAAUUUUGCAAGAAUGUGGGAAAAUCCUAAAUGAGAAAUUUGACGGGAAAUUUUAUAAUUGCAUCAAGCAAUCGGCAAACAGUGCCACAAAGCUUUUAAAUUUAAUUAUUUCAAACUUCCCAUCAUUUCGAGAUGAAGGGGUCAUUGAAGGAAAAAAGGUUUCCUUUUACAAGCGAGCACAAAUUCUUGUUGCCGACAUUUGGAGUAUAUUCAAAGGGAAGGGAUUCGGAAAUUUUACUGAUGUAGAUUCCAUCACCAUGUUUGCAGAUUACAGGGUCCCUCAGUCGCUGGUUCAUUUUGGGGCAAUGGCUUAUUCCGAUAGACUUCAUGGAUUGUUAUUGGCUAAUCAUAUGUUUUUAAAUGGAGAUCGGGAAGAAAUGGAAAUCCGUGGGUGCUCGAUUCACUCGGUGGAAUUAAUAAAGGAAGAAUUAAAAUCACAUCAGGUUAAUACAACGACAAAUUCUUUACCAAUGAACAGUGCCAUGAUUGAUUAUUUCUUGUGGGAAUACCGGAGGCGUUUUGCUCAAACUCUUGCCAAAGUUCCCUACCACAAGGUCCGUUGCAUAUAUUAUUAAUCAAAAUUUUAUAUGUUGAAACAUGUUACUUGAUAAGGAAACGAAAGUGAAUGGAAAUUGCGAUUUGCGAAGGAAAUUGAGGAACAGAAUCAUAAAUAAAUGUCUUGAAUCGAAA